AUGCGCGACGACAGCGAGUUCUACCUCGAGAUGGAGCGAAAGAAGGAGGCCGGACCAACGUACACUAGGGACAGCGACAUGGUAGGCCUCGGAAAGGUUUCCACAAGAAAGACGGCGAAGCGGGACGGCAGCGGCGGCGGCGGAGACGCCCUCGCCUUCUACCUCCGCACCGUCGCCAAGGUGGACCUCCUCAAGCCCCACGAAGAGAUAGUGCUCGGGCGGCAGAUCCAGAAGGGCGUUUCCUAUGAGAACACCCGGGAUCACCUCCAGCUCAUGCGCGGCUACGAGCCUUCCGAGGAGGAGUGGGCGGUAGCUCUCGGCAUGGACCGGGAGGAGCUGGUGAAGGAGCUCAGCAGGGCGAGCAAGGCAAAGAUGGCCAUGCUGGCCGCGAACCUGAGGCUCGUCGUCAGCGUCGCCAAGCGGUACCGCUUCCAGAAGCUGAGCUUCCAGGACCUUAUACAGGAGGGGACGUUCGGCCUCGUGAAGGCGGCGGAGAAGUUUGACCCCGAGAGGGGGUUCAAGUUCUCCACCUACGCCACGUGGUGGAUCAAGCAGAGCAUCAUGCGGGGCAUCGCCGACCAGAGCCGAAUUAUCCGGCUGCCGGUGCACGUGCACGAUUUCCUCAACCGGGUCCGCAAGGCCACGCUCGAGAUGACGGAUAAGAACGGAAAGCUUCCCACCGACGAUGAGCUUGCCGAGCAUCUGGAGGUUUCGGCGGUUAGAAUUCAGUACUACCGCGACGCCGCUCAGGCGACCCUGAGCAUGGAGGCCCCUCGGAACAUCGCUUCCAAGACUUCAACCUCCCCUGGCAAGAAGGUGGAAAUGGGGCAAGGUGUCUCUGGUCCGGAGAAGACUCCCGACAAGCAGGCGCAGAGCGAUGUCAUGAAGCAGAAGGUCACGGAGCUGCUGAUGACGUUGAGCAUCAGGGAGCAAGAGGUGGUGAAGGCGCGCUUCGGCCUUGGCGGGGCCCUUCCCCGCACGCUGGAGGAGGUCGGGCGGGACUUCCGGCUGACGCGAGAGCGAGUGCGGCAGAUCGAGGCCCGCGCUCUGCACAAGCUCCGGCAGCCGUACCGAAACUACCGCGUCCGGGACUUCAAGCUGGACCAGAUGCUGGUCCAGGCCGGGGUGCUCGGCCCGCCGAAGGGGGCGAUCAAGGCGGCGAGGCAGGCGGUAGCGGAGGCGGAGGCGGCCGCUAAGAGGAACGAGGUGGCGCUGGUGCACCAGCGGAUGGGCACUGCGCCCGGAGGGGGUAAGCCCGCCGGGGACGUGGGGAUCACCUCAGAGCUGCAGUCCAUCCUUGGCUCGAAGGGCAAGGAGCCGGAGGAGGAGAAGGAAGGAAGUUGGGGGGAGCUGUCUAGUAGUAGCAGACAACAGCCUUUGCUGGAUGUCGGGCUGAGCGUGGGUGCCGGGGGUGCGAGCGUCGGCCGCAGGCCGAGGGGGAGACCAGCCAACGAGAUGUUGCUGCGAAAGAGGCUGCGGCAAGAAGUGGCGGAAGAGGAGGGGGAGGAGGAGGAGGAGGAAAAGGAGGAGGAGGAAGAUGAUGCGUUCUUGUUCGAGGACGAGUUCGCGAACGAGCUUGACAAGCACCUCGAUGACGAUUUCGAAGACGACUUCGAAGACGAUCUCGCCGCCGCUGUUUUCGGGAGCGAAGGGAAGUCGGGGUCGAGGGGGGGAAAGGUGUCGAUGGACGCCGUCCGGACGCUCAACAAGGCGUGGACGAACACGGCGAACAGCUCGCCGAGAGAGGCCGCCGACCAGCUGUCGAUGAUGGGCGUGGCGCCGAGGUCAGCGGACGAGGAGGAGCAGCAGCUGCUCUCGACCCUCGACUCGCUUAACCUGCUAGACGACGACGACGACGUGGGGGGCCGGGCGGGAGCGGGGGUGUCGGAGUCGAAGGAGGCGAUGGACAGACUCCAGAACGAGAUGAAGAACCGGACCAUCGAAGGUGGAUGGCGGGGUGGAGUUCGGUUUUACGAUUGUCGAAAAGAGCGAAUAGCGGGUGUGGACGCGUUCUCUGGUUGGAUGGAUGUGUCUUGCGAUCGAUGCGACUGGCUUCCGUCCCAUUACGUUUCUGGCCUUCCCUGA